UCUUCAUCAAUAAUUCUUUUGCUCUUUCUAUGGUAUAGUAAUCAGAGAAGAAAUAGUUUUUUCCGCGUUGCUUCGCACAGACACUCAAACAAGAAAGCAACUGAAAGGUAAAAACUUCAUUCAAACACAUGCAAUUCAAAGAAUAAGAAAAGAAAUCAUUCCUGUUGGAUGAAGAUUUCGCGUUCUUUGAUUGAAUUUCCGUCACUGCAUGAGAAGACCAGCUGCUUUGACUAAGGAAAAAAAAAAAGGAGCUGAGCUUGUGGUACAUAUCAACAAACCUGUGAAAACCCUGAGACAAGACGGAGUACUCCACCCGAUUUGUGAAAGAAGAAGCUUAGGUUACAAACGCCUGUUUGACUUCGAAUGGUGAAAUGUCAACUGAUAAAGAGACAGCACUGACGCCACUCAAAGCUGGUGGUUUCAAACCCAGCGAGAAAGAAAGGGAACGACUACGAACAGUGACUGCGUUUUUCGUAUUUGGAGCACUGAUUUACGCGACAUAUUCGUUGGUCAUAGCGGGUGCUCAAGACAUUCUGGCGGGAACAUUCAUUCAGACUUCCAUGGUUUUGGUCGCAGACAUCGGACCAUAUUUCGCUGUCACAUUAAUUGCGCCUUAUUUCAUGCAAAAGAUUCCUUACUUUGUUCGAAUCGCCACAGUAUUCCUGACUGGAAUCGUCGGAUUUCUCAUGCUUGCAUUUGCUAAGCAAGUUCAUUGGAAAUUAAUUGGCGUCGGGAUAGCGUCGUUUGGUUAUGGAGUGGGAGAAGUGACUUUUCUGGCCCUAACGUCUUUUUACCACGAAGUCACAGUCAGCGCCUAUUCAGCGGGUACAGGAGCGGGAUUUAUAAUCGCACCUUUAUAUUAUACAGCCAUGACAACAUGGGCUUGUGUUUCACCAAACGCCACCAUAUUAAUCAUGGCGGCCAUGCUGUUAUUGAUCUUUGUUUGUUACUACGUUAUGGACAAGAAACAUCUUGGGUCUCCCAGUUACAGUUCCCCCGAGGCUAGUGAACACGGAAUAAAAUACACACCCAUACAGGCUGAUGACGCCGAAGCUGAAGAUACAAAGUCAGAAGACAAUGAAAACGACAACUCACUCUCUUAUCAAGAAAAGCUCAUGAUCCUCUCUCAGAUGCUUCCCAAUUUGAUACCGAUUUAUAUUGCCUGGUUCUCAGAAUAUACGAUAAUCCAAUCCGUCAUUACAACUUUGGCAUUUCCCAACGCGCCAUUCAGACCACGUGACCACUACCAGUACUACAUUUUCGUAUUCCUGGGAGGUGAGGUUGUGGGACGGUCUUACCUCGUGGUACUUUCUUACGUGAAAGCAGAAUGGGCCGAAAAAGCUAAAUUCCCGUAUCUAUGGGUCCUUUCGACGAUAGAAGUCAUGCACCUUCUGUUCUUCGUCUUCGCUGCCUGGUAUCGUUUUCUACCGAACGUUUGGAUCGUACUGGUGUUGUCAUUCACGGGUGGGGCUACCAUCGGAGUUUUUUUCGUCAACGCAUUGGCAUUCUUCAGAGACAGAUUCGAUGAUCGAUAUAAGGAGUUCGCCAUGGGGUACACCGUGGUGGCCAUGGGAGGGGGUACUUUCACGGCCUCGAUGGUCGGCCUUAUGACUGAGCCCCUGUUAAGAAGGCACUGUAUGGUGCUUCUGAAGAGCGAUGAUUAUUGUUUUACUCGGUCAAAAGCCCGAGAGCAUAUCAUGUCCCAAUGCCUCGUAAAAUCGUCAAAGUAACUCACGGCGAUUCGUGUCCCCUUUGGAAGCAUUUCAUUAAUUCUAAAUUCACACCUUAUGAUUUUGAACAUGCUUUCAAUAUUCUUGUAGCCGACCAUGGCUGGUCGUUUUUUGGGAUAGUCAUGAUGAGAUUUAAUAACGGGAAUUCGAAUUCAAUGAUGAAUAAAUCAAUAAAAUGGGUUGGAA